AUGUUUAGACAAAUCCUCAGAUCUAAAAUCGCCAAAGCCAUCCCAACACAGUCAACAGCUUUAGUCACCCCAACUAGAGCAUACUUGACAUUCCCCAAAUCACUCCCCACUUUCCCCCAGGAUUUCUUUGAUCACGAUUGGUUUAAUGAUUCAUCAAUCACCAAUUACUUCAAGACCAAGCAAACACCAGAACUGUAUCAAUUCACAAUCACCGAUCCAAAUAUUAAGAAUAAAGAUGUCAAGAUUGAUUUUUGUAAACCUGAUAAUGCAUUGUUGGUGUCAGUUAAUCAAAAUUUGAAUGAACAAGGUAAACAUAGUCAAUCUAAGUUUGCUAGUGUUUUCACCAACAAGUAUGUGUUUGAUAAACCAGUUGAUUAUAACGAUAUUAAAGCUGAUCACGAUGCCAAGACUGGAGAAGUGAUUAUUACUGUUCCCAAGUUGGAAAAAGAUGAUGAAAAUUUGGUGAAUAUUAAGUUGAACCAUUCGUCAACUAAGGCAUAG